AUGGCGGCUCCCAGCGCCCUGCUGGCGCUACUAGCGCUCCUGGCGGCCGCGAGCCUCACCGCCGCUCGACUGGACGACAGCGCGCCGUCCCAGCCUCUGGCGCGGGAGCGGCGCCAAGGAGCGGCGGUGUCCUUCGUGCAGGCGGGCCGCAGGAGGCGUCCCGCCCCCUACAGGCCGCCCUCGCCGCCCCCGCCGCCGCCCGCCGCCUCCGACCGUUCGGGCCGUUUCCUGCCGCUGUUCACGGUGGUGCAGUUCGCCAACCAGGGCUGCGCCGCGGCCUCGGGAGACAACGGCACCUGCCUCACGGCGGCAGAGUGCGACAGUCGCGGCGGCACAGCCAGCGGCCCCUGCGCCGGCGGCUACGGCAUCUGCUGCGUGUUCCUGGCGACCUGCGGACAGAUGACCAGCCAGAACUGCACCUACUUCGUGAACAGGGGCUUCCCCUCGCCCCAGACCGCCACCGGCUCCUGCCAGCUCACCAUCAACAAGGCGCACCCCGACAUCUGCCAGUACAGGCUGGACUUUGACCAGUUCGUGGUAGCCGGACCCGAGGCGGUGAACCACGUGUGCAGCAGCGACCAGUUCAUCGUGUCUGGCGGCGGCCGCGCGCCCGCCAUCUGCGGCACCAACACGGGCAACCACAUGUACGUGGACGCGGGAGCCGGCCCCAGCAACCCCGUGACCUUGACGAUGGUCACCAGCGGACCCUCGCUGGCGCGCACCUGGAAGAUCAAGGUCUGCCAGAUUCCCUGCAGCGCGCUGUACCGCGCUGACGACGGCUGCACGCAGUUCUUCACGGGCGUGUCGGGCCAGAUCAAGUCCUACAACUACGACCCGGGGGCGGGGCUGCAGCUGUCCAACCAGGACUACUCCUCCUGCGUCAGGGCGGAGAGGAACUUCUGCGGCAUCCAGUACUCGUCCUGUCCGGACCCCGUGAACAACCGCACGCAGGCCUUCACGCUGACGGGCAACACGCGCCAGGGCCCAGUGGCGGCCAGUGUGGGCACGCUGGGGCCCAACUCGUGCACCUCGGACUGGCUCAUCAUCCCCUGCGCCUCUAACGUGGGCCGCGUGCAGCCUGCGGGCUCCAGCACGUGUGUGGACCGGCUGUGUGGCGGCACCUUCAACACCGAGGCGGGCAGCCUCACGCCCUCGGCCGUCGUCAGCACGGUGAGGCCGUUCCGCCUGGUGUACCACACCAACAGCGUGGAGGCGCCCGCCGACGUGGGCAACCGCGGCUUCUGCCUCAACUACGUGCAGCAACCCUGCAGCAACAACCUCGCGUGA